CCACUCUGUGAAUAAAUGCUCAUCAUAAAUCGUCGGACACCUUUGAUGAACCGUACGACCCUGACGAGCAGCGGGGCCCAGAGCAGUGCGCACAAGUGAUACAAGGCGCACCAAGCGAUACAAAGUUGUCAAGCUCACACAUAUUUAUUUCUGCGCCAUGCACACGAGAUCACAGUACUUGCUUACAUCAGAUAGAGAGACUCGUCUCGCCUAUAAUCAGCAUCACACACCUGUUACGGAUUCCACUCCAGAUGUGAGUGUUUUUUCUUUUGGAUCUGUUGUGGGAUGAACGGCUGAACUGAAGUAAGUUGCACUAAUCUAGUGAGAGUUUGGAAUGUGGACUUGAACCAACAGUUGAUGGUGUUUUUACAAACCCCUACGGCGGCAGCAGCAGUGGAAGAAGACGAAGUAGGAACAGCAUCGGAAGAAUCCAGGAAGUACGUCGUCAGGAGCUGCCUGAAAUCUCCAAGACUCAGAGACCAUGUCGCUAGCAGUGUCCACACUUUUCCUGACUUUCUCGUCGCUGCAGUUUAUACAGUGUGAGAGUGCAUCUAAUACAGUUUUUGAAGACAAAUUCAAGUACCAGCUGACGGCUACAGCCACCUAUGGGAUGGUGUCUGACAAUCCCACCCCGAAUGCCUGGGUGCCAGUCGACAAGGACGCCGCUCAGAAGGAAGGAGAGAGUGUGACGAAUUCUGAGUAUCUGCAGCUCAUACUGUGGGAGAACCUCUCGUUCGGCACUAAUUCCAGUGCACAGAAAUCCUCGAAUCUGACGUCACCACACGAGGUCAAGGACAGCCCUCGUUUUCGUCGAGUAGACGACAGGAAGAUGCCGGACAACGUGAAAUUUGACCUCAGUAGGGAGAGAUCCAGUGUGCCCACACCAGACAUUGAUGAACCUUUUUCCAUCAGCGAAGAGAAGUACAUCGUAACUGACGACGACCCUAUUUUUAAAACAGCGGAUGACGUUGAAUUUUGGGUGGUGGCCAUCAGACAGAUUCCAGGCAAUCCAGACGAGAUUGUCUCCAACCCCAUCACCUUUGUCGUCAAGAUCGACCACGGAAAGCAGGAAGGCCAAGGGGCAGCACUCUAUGCCGGAGUUAUCGUUGUUGUCAUCUGUAUAUUCGCCCUCCUCAUUCCCUUCACUGUGCGAGCCAAACGGCGGCUGAAGCAAGGCAAGCCCGUGUGCGCAUGCGGGAGUAGCAGCAAAUCGGAGGAGAAGCGUGAGACCAGUAGGGGAUCGUUAGACGAGAGGCAGCACGACCAGGAGAAGCUGGCUGCCAUGCUGAACGAAGCUGAGAUGGCAAGAGGUUCUGUUGGAGCUAAGCACGAGACGAUCCAGAGCCAGGCCAUGAAGUCCACAUCACAGCCUCACCUGCAGCCCCACUGGCGGGAUCCCCACUACAACUCCACCUACGAACGGCCGGCACAUUACACGAACAUGUCGUAUGUACCCCACACCAGUGACACGGGUGCUGGAAGUGAGCGAAGCGGCAAAGACAAGGUGGAGGAGAAGCCGUCGACUUCGGACAUACGUACCUCAGAAAGCCCUCACAUGUACAAGUUCUAGAAGGGGCCGGGGUCUUUAAGACCUGACGUGAGGGAGGGGAGGACUGAUGUACUCGGGCCCACGGGUAUGGAGGAGCCCGGCUUUGGUCAGUAGUUUUUUUUUUUCUUUGAAGCAAAAAGCGAAAAGAAAAGGUAUCGCGAAGAAAAAAAACUAGACUUAACGAAUUCUACAAAGUGUAGGCUUCGCCACUACUACACUUCCUGCUACCUCCAAUGAUUGUACGCACAUCUGUGAUGACUGUGACAUCACACGUGCAUUAGGGUGAAGGACAUCACCUUGUAUCAUCUUUAAUCUUGGUUUAUUUAAUCUGUGGAGUUUUUAUCACCUCCACUGGUGACAUUUACCUACAGAAGGGGUGAGAAGUUUAACCUUUCCCUCAUUUACUGACGUGUAUACAGCUCUAAAAUGUUCAUUUCAAUUAGUAUAUCUUAGAUGUUUACACUUUUCCUAAUGUUUGCUGUCUACAUUAAGUUGCUAAACGAAAUGUAAGCUUAUAGAUAUUGUCAGUUGAGUUAUAACUUGUAAGUAUACUAUUAUACACUGGAAAAAUAAUAAACGAUUACAAUUAAUGUAAGGGGCUUGGAAGGUCAUCUACCCCGGGGCUUUUGGUGGCCCUGGUCAGAGGCCCACUGUGAUUUGCCUCGUGCUUCGGAUAAAGAAAAGUAAAGUUCAUUUGCCGGUCCUCUUCAAGAGUGCUAUUGCACUUUCUGGUGAUCACUUGUCUCCGUCUGCAGCCAAAGGGUAACAUUUAGAAAUGGUGAUGCAGCGGGUGGCAAGGGACUGUGAAAGUGCUGUUAAGUACAGAGCAAACAAACAAAUAAAAGAAGGAAAAAGAAACAGGAA